AUGGUGGCCGGCCGCGUCAAGGCGGCCAUGGGCUUCCAGCGGAGCCCGGCGACGCCCAAGCCCGGGGCCGCCGCCUCCUCCACCUCCACCUCGUCCUCGCGCAAGGCGCCGGCGCCGCUGCAGCUUCCCGGGUCGGCCGCGGCGGCGGGGCAGCCGGAGACGCCGCGCCGGCGGUCGUCCGGCUCGCCAGCGGCGCCGCCCGGGUCGGGGUCCAAGGGCGGCGGCGGGCCGUUCUCGCGCUACUUCCCGCGGUCGUCCGCGCAGGUACAGCCGGCGCGCGCGGCGGGGCCGCCCGAGCCGCCGCCGGGCCCGGGCCCCGCCGCCGUCGCCGACCUCGCCCGCCUCGUCGAGGAGCUCCGGGAGCGGGAGUCCCGCCUCCGCACCGAGCUGCUGGAGCACAAGAUCCUCAAGGAGACCGUCGCCAUCGUGCCGUUCCUCGAGACCGAGCUCGCCGCCAAGAGCAGCGACCUCGGCCGCUGCCGCGACGCGCUGACGCGGCUCCAGGACGAGAACGCGCGCCUCCGCGCCGAGCUCGACGACGCCGUCGCCGCCGCCAGGACCAGCCAGCAGCGGGUUGUUGAGUUGGAGAAGGAGGUGGCGGAUGUCAAGAGGCGGCGGCGGCGGGACCCCGACCCCGAGCCCGACCAUGAUGACUGCUCGUCGUCGGUGUCGCGCUACAAUGCGGCGAGGAACGCGGUCGUGCCCGGGCUGUCGAUUGUCCCUCCUCCCGCGCCUCCGCCUCCGCCGCCUCCGCCCCCGCCAAUGCCGGCGCCUCACAAGUUCAGGUCGUCCUACUUCUCCGGCUCGUCGCGCGCCUCGCCGGCGAACUCCUCGUCCAGCUCCUCCUCGUCGGCGCCAUCGACGCCGACCUACUCUUCAGACACCGCGGCGUCGAGAAGCCGCGUGCCGGAGCUCUCCAAGCUCCCGCCGAUACCCGCCCCACCCCCGCCUCCACCUCCACCGCCGCCGUCAAUGCCGGCGCGCGGACGCCGCAGCGCGAGCUCGUCACCGUCGACCUCGAGCAGCAGCAGCGGCGGAGGCGGAGGGGCGGGGCCUCCUGCGCCGCUGCCGCCACCUCCACCGGCGGCGAAAAGGAGCUCCAAAGCAUCGUCCCCUGCGACUUCGGCGACGGCCCCGGCGCCCGCCCCGUGCGUCAGGCGAGUCCCCGAGGUGGUGGAGUUCUACCACUCGCUAAUGCGGAGGGACUCCAGGUCUAGGGACGGCGGCGCUGCCGGCGACGCUGGCUCCGGUGGGGGUGCCGCCGCCGCGAGGGACAUGAUCGGCGAGAUCGAGAACCGCUCUUCUCAUCUUCUCGCGAUCAAAUCGGACGUGGAGAGGCAGGGCGACUUCAUCCGGUUCCUGAUCAAGGAGGUGCAGGGCGCGGCGUUUGUCGACAUUGAGGACGUGGUCACCUUCGUCAAGUGGCUCGACGUCGAGCUCUCGCGUCUGGUGGACGAGAGGGCGGUGCUGAAGCACUUCGACUGGCCAGAGGGGAAGGCAGACGCGCUGCGUGAGGCCGCGUUCGGCUACCGCGACUUGAAGAAGAUUGAGUCGGAAGCGUCAUCGUUCUGUGAUGACCCCCGGCAGCCCUGCUCUUCUGCUCUCAAGAAGAUGCAGGCCCUCUUCGAGAAGUUGGAGCAUGGAGUGUACAGCCUUGUGCGUGUGCGAGAUGGCGCGAUGAGCCGGUAUCGUGGGUAUCAGAUCCCAUGGGAGUGGAUGCAAGACACCGGAAUUGUUAGUCAGUUAUAUCGUUACAGAACUUACUUCCUAAAACAUAAAUGGCAUUUUGAUGACAAGCUGAGUCUUAAUAUGCAGAUGAAAUUGCAAUCAGUGAAGCUAGCAAUGAAGUAUCUGAGAAGGGUUUCCUCAGAGCUUGAGGCCAUACAAGUUGGCCCUGACGAAGAGGAACUGGUGCUUCAAGUAGUUCGAUUUGCCUUCAGAGUACACCAAGUAACCACUCCACUUACUCAUCCCUACCAUACCUUGCAGUUUGCAGGGGGUUUCGACGGUGAUACGAUGCGCGCCUUUCAGGAGUUGAAGGAGAAGGCGUCAACCUUCCAGCAACGGGAAAGCCAAAACCAACAUCUGCAACAGCAAAGGCUCACUGGCAGAAGUUGA